CAUUUCAUCAGUUCUUCUAUCAAUUCAUUUGAGAGGGAAAUCGAAUCCAGGAUGAAAAAUGUCCUUGAUAAUCUCGAGUAUCUUGCGUCUCAAAAGGCUAUAUUAAGAUUAAAUGAACUUGAUAGUGGUGCUGGAUUGAGAAAUGCAGUAUCAUAUAGAUUGCCUACAACAUCUUUGGUGGAUGAAGGUAGAACGUACGGGAGAGAUGAUGACAAAGAAAAGAUCAUUGAAUGGUUGUUAUCAGCCAAUGAUAACAAUCAACUAUCAGUCAAUUCUAUAGUGGGUAUGGGUGGGUUAGGUAAAACUACUCUUGCCCAACUUGUUUACAACGAUAGGAGGGUGAUGGAUGAAUUUGAUAUUAGAGUUUGGGUGUGUGUUUCUGAAGAUUUUGAUGUCCUGAGGUUAACAAGAACAAUUUAUGAGGCAAUCACCAUGUCAAAGGCUGAUACUAAUGAUCUAAAUAUGCUUCAAAUCAAAUUGAAGCAGUUGCUAACUCAGAAGAGAUUUUUUCUUGUUUUAGACGAUGUGUGGAAUGAAGACUAUGAGCAAUGGGAGGCUUUACAAUCACCUUUUAGUUAUGGGGCAUCUGGAAGCAAAGUUCUUCUAACCACCCGCAGUAGAAAAGUUGUUUCAACCAUGCGUUCUACUGAAAUACUUCCAUUGAAGCCCUUAUCAGAAGGAGAUAGUUGGUUGCUACUUAGCAUAUAUGCAUCCCGCGAUGGAGAUAUUCUUCGCUCAAACUCUGACCUUGAAGAAAUUGGUAGAAAAAUCAACAAAAAGUGCAAAGGGUUACCUCUAGCUUUGAAAGCAAUUGGGAGUCUCUUGUACACGGAAUUAUCUCAUGAGCAAUGGAAUGGCAUUUUGAAAAGUGAGAUAUGGGAGGAGAAGAGUGAUAGCAAAAUUCUCCCUGCAUUGAGAUUGAGCUAUUGUUACCUCCCCUCUCAUCUCAAGAAAUGCUUCGCUUAUUGCUCAAUAUUUCCCAAAGAUUAUGAUUUUGAGAAGGAGAAUCUAAUUCAAUUGUGGAUGGCAGAAAAUUUUCUUCCACGUUCUAAUCAAAGCAAAAAUGCAAGAGAAGUAGGAGAGCAAUUCUUCCAUGAUCUUUUGUCAAGGUCACUUUUUCAACAAUCAACAGGAGAUGAAACACGUUUUGUCAUGCAUGACCUUAUUAAUGACUUGGCCAAAGCUGAAUAUGGAAAGUUUUGUCAUAGGUUGGAGGUAGAUGAGGCAAAUAAUCUGACAAAAAUGACCCGCCAUGUUUCAUACUUAAGAACUGAUAAUGAUUCUCCCAAACGGUUUGAGGAUAUAUACCAUGCUAAUAGAUUACGCACCUUCUUGCCACUAUCCAUGCAAGGUCAUAGAAGUACAAGUUGCACCUCGUUUAUUCAUUUGAUAUCUAGCAAGAUUAUUCAUGAUCUGCUGUCAAAGUUUAGUUGCAUGCGAGUUCUAUCUCUAUCUGAUUAUUAUCACAUUGUGGGGUUGCCCAAUUCAAUAGGCAAUCUCAAACAUCUACGAUAUUUGGACUUGUCAGGAACUAAACUAAGGAAAUUGCCUGAUUCAAUAUGCCAACUUUAUCAUUUGCAAACUUUAAAGUUGUGGCGUUGUUAUAAUUUGGAGAAGUUGCCCAUGAAUUUGCAUAAACUCAUUAAUCUACGACAUCUUGAUUUUCGUGAAACUCAGGUGAGAGAGAUGCCAAAGCAACUGGGUGAAUUUAAAAAUCUCCAGGUCCUAUCACCAUUUAUUGUGGACAAAUAUGGUGAGGCCAAUAUUAAACAAUUAACAGAACUUAAUCUUUGUGGAUCAGUUUCCAUUUUAGAGUUGCAGAAUGUAGUUUCUCUUGCAGAUGCUUUUGGGGUCAAUUUGAAAAGCAAGACAUACGUUAAGGAGUUGGUGUUAGAGUGGAGCAUAAACAAUGAAGAAUCACAACAUGACAAGAAUGUGCUAGAGAUGCUUGAACCUCAUCCAAACUUAAAAAGGCUAUCAAUUAGCAACUAUGGUGGUAUUAGGUUUCCAGAUUGGUUUACUAAGUUUGCACUGUCCAACAUAGUGUCACUGGAGUUGAAGAAUUGCAAAUGGUGUUUGUCCUUGCCGUCAUUAGACCUCCUUCCAUCUCUAAAGUCUCUAUUAAUUACCGGGUUUCACAGUAUAGUGACUAUAGGUCCAGACUUUUAUGGAAAUGGCUCUACCACUACGUCCUUGGAAAUCUUGAGGUUUAGAGAUAUGAUGACUUGGGUAGAAUGGAAAUGUGACGUUGUCUUGAGUGCUUUCCCAUAUCUUCAAGAGUUGAGUAUAGAAAAUUGUCCCAAUCUAAAGGGGCACCUUCCUCAACAACUUCCUUCUCUAAGGAUGUUGGUCAUAAACGAUUGUGAGAAGUUUGUGGCUUCAAUUCCUUGUGCUCCAUCUCUUCAUAAAUUGGUUCUAAGAAAUUGUGGAAAGGACCAUUUGGAAUAUCUUCCAUCAACUCUAAAAGUUCUCGACAUUUCAGGACGCUUUGAAAAAAUGUUAUCCAUUGAAAUGAUUGAUGAUACUAUUGCCAACUCCAACCUUGAAAAGUUGAAGUUUUUUGAUUGUCCAUUGCUAGAAUUCCCAUUGUUCUACUCUCAUAACUUCAUUCUUGAAAUGGAGAUAAGAGGAAGAUGCAACUCUUUGAUGUUUUUUCCACUAGAUUCAUUCCCAAUGCUUCAAUCAUUGCGGUUGAUUGACUGUAAUAAUCUUGAGAUCAUAUCUGUUUCAAAGGGACAUCAUCAGUCUCUUACAAGCUUGUACAUACGAAAGUGUCCUAAAUUAGUAUCAUUUCCCAAAGGAGGGUUUUUAGCCCCAAAUUAGUAUUUUGUUCAGUUGAAGAAUUGGAGAAUCUGAAAUCACUACCUGAGCGAAUGCACAUUCUCUUUUGCUCACUCACACAUUUGAUUAUAAGAAGUUGCCCACAGGUGGAAUCAUUUACAAAGGGAUAUUUGCCAUCAAAUCUAACAAAUCUUGAAGUCUUUGGAUGCCCAAAACUCAUAGCCUCUCGACUGGGAUGGGGUUUGAAUAGUCUUUUGUCUCUAAGAUUAUUGACACUUGGAGAUGCAAAUGAUGAGUCUCUUCCUGAUAUAGGACUACUGCCACCUAAGCUUGCUGCCCUUAUAUUCUAUAACUGUCCAAAUCUUAGAUCAUUGGAGCACAAAGGUCUUUGCCACUUGUCCUCUCUAGAGUUCUUGGCUUUUCGUGACUGUCCUAAACUCCAAUACUUUCCAAAGGAGGGUUUGCCUCGUUCUCUUGUAGAACUACGAAUUACUGGCUGUCCCUUGCUCAUAAAUUGGAUCCAAAAACAAAAAGGCAACUAUUGGGCAAAGAUUGCUCACAUCCCUUUUGUUGAGAUUGACAAUGAGAUACUAACUUUAAGUGAGCUGCUCAAUGAUGAAGGCACCAGUUUUCAUACAAUUUAUUCACUCAUUAGGUAUGUAUAUGAUCCUUCCCUUUGUUUCUCUUCUUCUUCUUCUUUUUUUAUUUAUUUAUCUACAGAUGAUAGAUUUUCUUUUUUUAUUUACGUUUCAAAUCAUAAAUGUUAGAUUUAGGCCCCAUGUAUUGCAUGAAUUAUAACUGAGUGCCCUUCUCAAAUGCCUAGAUAUCAAUUGCCCUAAUAUCAAGUAGCAGAGUAGCUCAGUUAUCAGAAAUAUCAGGUUUUGAAUUAUACUGAAGCGAACAUGCCCAUAAUUUCAUAGGAGAUGCUUAAUAUUCAUGAGAUUGGUUCAAAAUCACUUGGUUUCCAUUGUUUUUGAAUUUGACAAUUGAGUCAGUUUUUCAUUGCCGUUGAAGUGGCCUAAGCAGCUUUCUCAAGGAGACAAGCAAGUUUGGUGCUGAAUAGACUAAACCCUAGGAUUAGAGUAUGUUCUUAUUCAGGUUAUCAGUUGAAUUGAUUUUUCUUUAUUUUUUCUCCUGAGGUUAAAUUGAUAUUUCACUUGCUGAUUACCAAUUGUACUUCAAAUAUAUUAUCAUCAAGAAUGGUUAACCCUUCCAAACCUUUGUGAUGAUAACAUGAUAAGCAGAUCAUUGUAGGAAAGUCUUCAUUGUAUCAACCACAAAUUUUGAAGCCACACAUGGCUACAGAUAACGAUUUCAUAUCAAAGUGAUAAGACCAAGACAUUUAUUUCAAAUUUGCAGUUAUGGUGCUGAGCUUACGAUUUUUCUUGCAUGUACAUGCAUCCAAUAUCUUUCAAAUUCUCAUAUUGUCCCCACUGACAAAGGAGUCUCUUCUGUGAGACCUCAUAUUGGACACUACAAGAUGUAGUACUGUUUCUUUGAAAUCAUGAGUCUCCAUUUGCUAAGAAAGUGUUGGGAAAAGUAUGCUGAUGCGCUGCAACAGGUUGGCAUAUCAAAGGAAUAGAAGAGAAUCCCUCAACUUAGAGGUCCAUAUUACUUAUUUCAAAAAACAACCAAAGAGGGGGCAAAAUAUGAGAAAGGCCUGAUGUCCUAUGAAGGAAAUGACCGUUCCUGCUCAAAGUGAGAGAGAUGCAAAUGGUAGAAGCCACUAUUGAGCACCAUUAGUGGUCUGAAAACAUGGACAUUGGCAGGUUGCCGACAAAAUUUGAAGCGCUCCAAUUCUCAAAGUUCAUUCAUAAAUGCAACUCCAUGAAAUUGAUUGCCAAGAAGACUGUGUGCUCAAUACAGAAAAAAAUUAUCUUCUCCACAUUCUGAGUUUCUAUCAGUCUCGUAGUAUACACUCUUCCAAAAGAAGUUGAUUUUUUGUGAUGUUGUGAGCAAUAACUUCCCUUCUUUCUUGAGUUGAAAACUUAAACUCUAGUUAGCAGCACAAUUAUUUUGUUUAUAAUUAGUUUAAUUAUAGUUUAAUUAUAAUUUUGAUCA